UGGAGUGAGGAAGGAGCUCUGUGACUCUCUCUUUCAUUCUGGUAUCAAUUUUGCGAGUUUCAGCUGAAAUGGAUGUCCUGAUAGUCUUCUGCACGGUUUUCCUCUGUACUGUUGGAGUCCUUUCUUCCACUCGGGGCCACAGAUAUCACACAGGGCUCGAGCACAGUUUGGCAUUCAGAAAUCUGUCAACCGAUCAUCCCAGCAGAUAUCCUCUGUACAUGAUGCAUCUGUAUCGCUCCUUCAGAAGUGCUGAUUCCUCCUCAUCGGUAGCUGUCGGCACCAUUUCUACACAAAGUGACAGCCUGUCGGUGCAUGGUUUUGAUUCUGUCAAAAGCCUGAUAGCCAGAGGCUGCCAUCAAGAGGGUGAAAAGUGGACCGUCACAUUUGACAUGUCAUCCAUCUCUACAAGUGAGCUUGUCCAGCUGGCAGAGCUUCAGAUCAGACUACCAGCUUUCUCUGCCUCUAAGCAUGCCACUGUGGAUUUGUAUCACUCCCGGAAGCAGAGCUGUGACCUGGACAACGCAUUGUGCCAGGAGGAGCGUCUUUUCUUAGGGAGCUUUGGCACAUCACCCAGCAGUACAAAGUCCUCCUGGAAGGUGUUCAAUGUGACCGCUCUUUUAAAAUACUGGCUGUACCAGGGAGGUGAAGUGCAGAGCCAAGAGGCUUCGGGAGAGCCUGAGACUGACUAUGGGAGUGGUGCUUGGGAUGAAGUGAAGAAAACUAGUAAGUCUCUAUUUACAAAUUUUGGACUGAGACAGAGAAAAAUCCCCCAUCCGACCACAAACCGGGUCAUGAUGGUCAUCUUCUCCACACAUAAGGAGGGCCGUGCAGCAUACAGCCUCAUUCACACUGUGGAGAACUCCAAGUAUGUGUCGACGGACAGAGUGGGCAGUGACAUUCAAAGUCGACGCCACAAAAGGAACCGAAUGGAAAGGAUGCGACUAGCUGGUGGACCUGCAUCUACUGUGGAACCAGCACCAUCAGCAUCAUCAGAGCAGGUCCAGAGACCGCUGUGCCGAAAGGUAGACAUGUGGGUGGACUUUGACCACAUCGGCUGGGAUGAGUGGAUUGUGCAUCCUAAGCGGUACAACGCAUAUCGCUGUGAGGGGGAGUGCCCUACACCUCUGGAUGAGUCUUUCAGUCCCACCAACCAUGCAUACAUGCAGAGCCUCUUGAAACAUCACCAUCCAGAAAGAGUGACCUGCCCGUCCUGCGUGCCGACGCGCCUCAGCCCCCUCUCCAUGCUGUACUUUGAGAACGAUGAUUUGACUCUGCGGCACCACGAGGACAUGAUUGUUGAAGAGUGUGGAUGUCACUGAAGCCCCCAGCUCAGCUUACACUUAAACACAUAAACCUGCUUUGUUUGCAGUAUA